CAACCGUUUUAAUAUUAGAACGCUGCUUCAAAAUUUAAAACACCCGCGCUUCAAUUUACUAGUUUCGACGGUUCGAAUUUGUGAAUCGAAAUUGUUUUUUUAAUCUGUGUUUUAAUUAUGGUGUUUUUUUUAAUGAAUCUUAGCCAGUUUAUGUCUAUAGAGCUUUAGAUACAGAUAACAAGUGGUCGUGUUGUGUAGUGUAGUGAUGUGCUAGUGCCAACAAUAUGGAGCCAUCGCUGCCUCUCGAGGAAGACGAGGGCAGGCCUCAGCAAGGGUCCACUGGAAGCGGCUCGUCCUCUGGCACGGGUUAUUAUGGACACAAAAAUGGCGAAUGGCGCGGUGAGAGAAGAAUGCUGGAUAUCACACGUGACAAACCUGUCAAAGUGUGUGUGCGCGUGGUCGUGCCGGUACGGGAUCACCCAAAAUUCAAUUUCGUGGGGAAGCUGCUGGGUCCCAAAGGGAAUUCUCUGAAAAGACUGCAAGAAGACACGAUGUGCAAAAUGGCGGUUUUAGGACGAGGCUCUAUGAAAGACCGUCAAAAGGAAGAAGAACUUCGUGUAUCCGGCGAUCCUAAAUUUGCUCAUCUGUCAGAUGAACUACACGUGGAAAUUAGUGCGUUUGCAACACCAGCUGAGGCGCAUGCGCGUAUUGCAUAUGCACUUGCUGAAUUGAGGAGGUUCCUAGUUCCGGACUACAACGACGAUAUAAGGCAGGAACAGAUGCUAGAAAUGCAGAUCUUGUCAUCACAGAAUGAACAAAGGCGAUUAACUCCGCCCGACUCGUCUAGGAGCGGGAGUGAAGAGGCUUUGCCUCUGAGGGACAACGGCAACAAACAUAGGCUGAGCACCGCGCCGCCGACGUCCGCACCGCCUAUGCCAGCUGCAAUAGCUGUGAACCACAAUGCAAACGUACGUGACUUCUCACCACCUGCACUUGCAGCUGGAUCGGAGCAUAUGACUGCUCAUCAUCAGCAGCUGGCCCCCAGCCACCCCGGUCACGGCGUGCUGGUCGGGGGCGGUGUGUUACAACAACAACCGACACACCACUUAAUAACGCAGAAUUCUAUAUUGGGUGCGGGUGGGGCGGGUGGCGUUGCGAGCGGUCGCAAGCGGCCGCUGCUCGGCGCGCGGGCCGCCAUGUCGCCGACUAAGCGCGCUGUCAUGACGCUGUUGGCUCGCGCACGCGCCGCCACGCACAAGCACGCGCCGUGGCCUGCGCCGGAACACACAACCCUACUUCCACUUAUAAGGGACGACUUUGUGACCGGCGUCGGCGUCAAUAUCAACCUAGCGUAAUACAUUGUUUCUAGUCAGAUUCUGUUUGAAU